AUGGACACUCUUACGAGAGAUCAGAUCGAAGAACGAGUGAAAGAGCCGGCGGAAGAGCAGUAUGCUUCAAGAGAGUGCAAUCUACCGAGCCCAAUGAACGGGUCGCUCGGUAUCGAACGGGGCCAAGCUCGAAAUCCACGUCUUCGAGAGGAGGGCUCUAGCUGGAAACCCAAGAAGAAUCACGACGAGCUUACUCUAAGCACCAAAAACCUAAUCGACAGCAGAAUCGGCAAUGCACAACGCCACUGGGGUAUAUCGGCUCUGGCGGACGCGUUUCCCGAACGUGUCAGGCCGCUCAUGCGUGUCGACCGAAGAAACCACAAAUUGAAACGACCUUUCUGCGUUGAAAACGAUCCUAAGCGAUGGUCGCACGAAGUUCUCAGCCUGGUUGAGGAACUGGCAGAAUGCUCGAAAGAUGAUCUAGAGACCGCCCUAAAGUGCCUCGAGGAAGAAACAAAGAACAAAUUCACUCACAGCUACAAGUGCAAAGACAGCGGGCUGUGUGGGCUGGACCCGUCAGAUCUAAGGGAAACAAUACACCACUACAAGUGGACCAAACCGCACAAGGCCGCUAACUGGACAAGGAUUCGUGGCAAGCGCAACGAGGAUGCCGAACCCGAUAGUGCUAGCGGCUCCAACAACUGGUUCGGAGCGCCUAAGCAGGAGCCUGGCAUAAAGUGCGAUCCCGAUGGGCAGCAGCAGAGAAAUGAUGAUAGCCACGAAAGUAGCACUGAAUCCUAUUGUGGUCAUGAUUUUGACUACAUGCUUGGCUUGCACUUCACAGACGAGGACAAUCAGAGCACGAGCAAGCAUGGCACCAUUAACGCUGCAGACACAGUAGGUACCCAGGUGGCCUCGGGAGAUGUCAAUACUGCGACCGUUGACACCCACGACACGGAGAAAGAUACUGUUACCACAGGCACCGAUGAAUCCGCUGCUCGGCCCAUCGUUACCACCGAAACAUUUGAGACCAACGAACUGAGUUCAACUUCCCAACUGGCUAGCACCCAUCAGCCUCUCACUGUCGACCAACGUAACAGUAUUGAUCCUCCCAAUCCUGAUACACCCCCAGCGCCUCUAGACUCUGGAUCUCCUAUCGCCGAAGCUUCCACAUCUUCCUCCCCUAACGAUUUUCCAUCAAUCGCACCAUCCCCAGAGCAGCACGCCCAAUCCCCGAAUCUUAAAACCGAACCCGAAACUACUACCGAACAAGGUCCUCACAACAGCGCCGACCCAGAAAUCAAAAUCGAAGAAGGAGUAAACCCACUCAAGCGAGCCCACUCGGUCGAUGCAUCCGAGGAGUCUGACAACGACGAUCUGAAGCAGAUGGAGCUGAAAGCUGUGAGUUUGGAGGCGAAGGAAGCGCGCAUGAUGUGGGAGUUAGCGAAUAAUAAGGCGGCGAAGCUAAAGAAACAGCAGAGGGAGAUUGAGCGGCAGAAGCGGAUGGAAGAGGAGAGGAGGGCGAAGAGGGCAAGGGUUGAGGGGCCGAUCGUGAUCGACCUUUGUGAUUUGGAUUAG